CACGGCAACUGAAACUCUUCGCGCACAGAGUCCACAACCUAUAAAUGAUUGCGUGCCAAAACUACGAUCGUUUCUCUAAUAGAAGAAAGCGCAUUGAUCCCCUUCCAUUGUCUGCCUUUGCGUAAAUUCGUCUCGUUGCCAAAUUCUUGCCGUUUCUUGAAAAGAUCAAAUUCACCCAAACCAGCAUGAUGCUGUUGUCCUCGUGCUCUGUCCGGCCAUUAUAGUGGGAAAAAGUCGCAUUCCUGUUUAUCAGCGGAUGAAAGUAGUUCCAUAGCACUUUUGAAAGGUAUCCAGUGUGAAUAAGAACCGCCCGCAUAGAACGCAGAGGAUGCAGAUUUGGAAGAACGAUGGGAGACAGAGGAGUUAUUGACGGAGCUUAGUGGUAGUUCUUGUGAUGUUGGGAAAUGAUUUGACAAGUGAAUUGUUGGGAGGGCCUUUUCAGUGGCGUGAUGUGCGGGAAAGGGAGAGCGAGAGACCGAGCGAGAGACGUGGCGGGAGGGCGUGUUAGGAACAAGGUGUCCAGAGGGAAGGGUGCACCGUGGUAUGCGGUUAAGGUCUGAGUCGGAGGCGGGGCCCAGGACUGAGACCUUUUUCGUCUCGCUGGUUGCAUCAGUGUGCCCCUUCCUCCGUUCGAGAGAGUCAACUAGACUCUAGAGGACUGCCAGAGGAGAUCUGAGACUGAACGAAUGUGAUGGCCCGAUUCUGAUCGAUUGUGUACCUUCCUCUGCUCCCAGCUGCACAGGUGUAGAAUCAACAAAUCCUGAGCUCCCUCUGCAUAUUGUGGGCUGAACACCAGAAUUGUCAUGUGUAUGAUUUGAAUGCCAGAGUGUCGACAUGCUGAAGUGGGAGCGAAGGCCAGAAGGGGAAGGGGAGCGGAGGGCGAAGGCUUGAUAUCUGAGGCAGAGGGAUUUGCCGCUGAAUAGCGAGUUAGAAGCAGUUGGGUCUGCGCAAAGGUUGAUUGAUAUGGGAAUAGCGGAGUAUCGGACAGUGUCACGCCGGAUCAGGUCCAGCGCUCCUGGAAUUGCAGAUUUGUUGUUAGAGAAGCAGAGGCUGCUGCUGCAGCAACAGGGUGAUAAAUUACUGCAGCUCGAUGUAAUCACUAGGAAUCUACAUAGUUCGGAAAUUUGCCUCAAGCACUAUUCAGGGUUUUUCGGAGGAUGGAAGUGGAGCAGCAGAUCGAGUGGCGGAUCAGCUAUUCUCUUACAAAAGAAUUCUUCUCGAGCUGGUGGAAGCAGUUCGGUUCGUGAUGGACCCAAAGGACGAGGGGAGAAACGUUUGCUUUUGUUCAAAAAGGGAAUUGGAGCGACCAAUCUGGAUGGGCAGAGGACAGUCCGCCGAGCCCGUCCAUGGAUCUCCCAAGGCAGAGGUGGACCGGAGAGCUUUCAAGACGUGGGCAGGCUACCAUACGGUCCGUCCUCUGGGGCCCUUAUCGAAGGCAGGGGCCUCGCUGUGCGGUACCUGGAAGAUGCCGAUUCUAGAAGGGAGAAUGAUAGACUAGCCGGAGAGGCAGGUUUCGUGGCUGGUGAUCAUGGUGAGGAGAAGCAGAGUGGUGCAAAUGUUUCGACUUUCCAAAGUGGAACUGGUUUCAGCACAGCCAAUUACUCUCCAAGAUCGCCAUUUUCAACUUUUGCGACCUCCGCUCUCUUGCUCAAUAGCCAGUCAAGAGCUGCUUCAACUUCUACAGGAUCAGACAUUGCAGCGAAAAAACCUGUCAAUAAUCCGGCGAAGGUGGCGGAGGAAGAUGAAGUGAUUGCAGACAUGAGGAUUUUGCGGACUCUCUCAUCAUAUUUGUGGCCUAAAGAGAAUCCUGAAUUUAGAAGGCGAGUGCUGGUAGCUCUGGGUCUUCUGAUUGGAUCAAAGGUAUUGAAUGUGCAAGUACCCUUUCUCUUCAAGCAUGCUAUCGACAGCCUAUCCACGGCCGUCGGUGCUACAGGAGCAACUGCAGCAGCUUCGAUGGGUAACCCUAUGAUUCUUGCAGCCCUUGGGACACCUGCAGCAGUUCUUCUGGGUUAUGGUAUCGCCCGAGCGGGUGCUUCUGCUUGCAACGAGCUUCGAAACGCAGUAUUUGCCAAAGUGGCUCAGGGCACUAUUCGAACAGUGGCUAGAAAGGUUUUUUUACAUCUACACAAUCUUGACUUGACGUACCAUUUGAGCCGACAAACAGGUGCCUUGAACCGAACUAUCGAUCGUGGAACCAGAGCAAUCAAUUUCAUCCUCACUUCAAUGGUCUUCAAUGUCGUUCCGACCAUCUUAGAGAUAUCCAUGGUCGCUGGAAUAUUAGCGUAUAAGUUUGGAGCACCAUUUGCAUGGUUGACAUCUUUCACUGUUGCUGCGUAUACGGCUUUCACCUUAAGUGUGACCCAGUGGCGUACAAAGUUUCGGCAGGAUAUGAAUAAAGCUGAUAAUGCUGCCAGCUCUCGUGCAACCGACUCACUCAUCAACUAUGAGACUGUCAAGUACUUCAAUAACGAGCUUCAUGAAGCGAGACUAUAUGACCAACACUUGCAAAAGUACGAGGAUGCUGCUUUGAAGACUCAAACCAGCCUUUCAGCUCUAAAUUUUGGACAAAAUGCGAUAUUUAGUGCUGCAUUGUCAACUGCGAUGGUCAUGUGUGCACAGGGCAUCACAAGUGGGGAGAUGACAAUAGGAGACCUUGUCAUGGUCAAUGGUCUUCUCUUCCAGUUGUCACUACCUCUGAACUUUUUGGGUACAGUGUAUCGCGAAACUCGGCAAAGUCUCAUCGACAUGCAACAGAUGUUCUCAUUACUUGAGGUAAAACCAAGCAUAUCCGACUCACCCGACGCCAAACCACUUCAACUCCAUGGAGGGAAUAUUUCUUUCGACAAUGUUCACUUCGGGUACGUGUCAGAUAGGCCAAUACUGGGAGGUGUUUCCUUCGAUGUCCCAGCCGGGAAGAGUGUUGCUAUCGUGGGUACAAGUGGAAGUGGAAAGUCAACCAUUCUUCGGCUCAUCUACCGUUUCUUCGACUGUCAGUCUGGAUCUGUCAGAGUUGAUGGACAAGACCUUAAGGAUGUUACUCUUGACAGCUUGCGGAAGUGUAUUGCUGUCGUUCCACAAGACACAGUGUUGUUCAAUGAUACAAUAUAUUACAACAUACAUUACGGAAACAUGGCUGCAACGGAGGAGGAGGUAUACAAGGCUGCAAAACAGGCAGCUAUCCAUGAUGUUAUCAUGGGAUUUCCCGAGCAAUAUCGUACACGCGUUGGAGAGAGGGGACUGAAGCUUAGUGGUGGAGAAAAGCAACGGGUAGCACUAGCACGGGCUUUUUUAAAGGCUCCUCCUAUAUUACUCUGUGAUGAAGCAACUAGUGCUUUAGACAGCACAACUGAAGCAGAGAUUCUUGGAGCAUUGAGGUCUUUGGCACAGAAUCGGACAGCAGUUUUUAUCGCACAUCGUCUCACGACCGCUAUGAAUUGUGAUGAGAUUGUCGUACUUGAAAAUGGACAUGUUGUGGAACGCGGACCUCAUGAUGUGCUCCUAGAAUUGGGGGGUCGAUAUGCUCAACUUUGGAAUCAACAGAACAGCACCGAAGGUGAUGAUCUAUAAGCUUUUGGCUGCUGAGGAAAGCAAGUCGGAGGUAAGAUGUACCAGCAUUUGUUUGGCAUCGACCUGGAGGUAGAAAACUAUGACCUCUAUCAAAUUCAUUCUUUUGUCUUGAAACAAUCAUGUGUAAAUCACUGGAGGAGGAAAAAAUCAAUGCGGAUAAGGAAGCUUCAGUUCACAACCAGAUAGCUCUCUAGUCAGUUGUGUUGCCGUUAAAGAGAUAGUAAGUAAUAUCCACUUGUGGACAGAAGCUGAGGGUACGACAAUUUUGAUUACCUUAAGCGGAUUGUGAUCAUUAUUUUCGACUUAAAGAAUUGUUCGUUCCAUCUUUCGUUUGAGGAAUUAAAAUCGCAGUACGUCGUAAAGGAAUCAACCUGGAGAGGUUGAUGAAGUUUGGAAUGCCUAGCUUGCUUUCAUCCCGGUAUUCACGUAUCCUGAUUCCAAGGAGUGAUCUGUUCCGCGUCAGUCUUGAAGCGGUAUAAAAGUAGAUAUUGUCAGCCGAAAAUAAGAUAUAAUUUGUUAAGAGAAAAGUCGAAAGUACCAUAGUGAACUAAAACGGCCGACUCAAAUGAACUCAGCUUGUACCAUUUAUAUCAGAAAGCUAAAAAGAAAUGUGAGGCAGAAUAUCACUUUUAAUCUACUUUAGAUGAUCUGCCACGGGUACUCCUCGUUACGUAUGAGUAUGGCAGGGCCCUG